AUGGAGCGCAAGUCCGAUAUCGAGCGAGACAGUCAAGCUCCGGAAGACGCAACGCUAUCUGAUCCCAACAUCGUAGACUGGGAUGGACCAGACGACGUCGCAAAUCCUAUGAAUUGGUCCACGGGGAAGAAAUGCAUGACUAUCGGGAUGGUGUCCUUUAUCACGUUUCUCUCUCCUCUAGCAUCGACCAUGGUGGCACCUAGCAGCAGCUACUUCAUGGAAGAGUUCGGCACGACCAACGAAUCCCUUGGGGCGUUUGUCACAACCGUCUACAUUCUCGGCUACGCGGUAGGGCCUCUCGUGAUUGCCCCAGCCUCCGAGCUCUACGGGAGAAACGUAGCCUACCACACGUGCAACUUCUUCUUCUUCAUAUUCAACAUUGCCGGCGCUCUGGCGAACAAUAUGGGCAGCCUGAUUGCCUUUCGCUUCAUCAGUGGCAUGGCCGCAUGUUGCCCAAUCACAAUCGGUGCCGGGUCCAUCGCCGACAUCAUCCCUCACGACCGGCGCGGGUUGGCCAUGGCAACUUGGGUUCUCGGACCUCUCUUUGGACCGUCACUCGGCCCCAUCAUUGGGAGCUACUUAUCCGCGUCCAAAGGUUGGCGAUGGAACUUUUGGGUCUUGGCUAUACUGGGCGGGUUCGUCAUGGUACUAUCGUUUGUGAUGCUGCACGAAUCCUACGCAUAUACCCUACUCAAGCGGAAGACCAUAGCCCUCCGUAAGCAGACGGGAAAUCCUAACCUCCGGUCCGCCCUGGAAAGCGGCCAGACAUCCAAGCAGGUUUUCUCGUCCGCGCUGAUCCGGCCCCUCAAGCUGUUCAUCUUCUCUCCCAUGGUUCUGCUGCUUUCCUUGUACGGCGCGAUUACUUACGCUUACCUUUACCUGCUAUUUACAACGUUCCCUAGGAUAUUCGUGGGGCAGUAUUCCUUCUCCUCUGAGAGCCUGGGGCUGGUAUAUUUGGGAAUUGGCGUGGGCUCGUUCGUUGGCCUUUUCAUCUGCGGCGGAACCUCGGAUCGAAUUGCAAAGUCGUUGGCGGAGAAGAGAAACUCUGGAAAGCCGAAACCGGAAUACCGACUGCCUACCAUGAUUCUGGGAGCAAUCAUUAUCCCGGUGGGGAUCUUUCUGUACGGCUGGACGGCGGAGACCAAGAAGCACUGGAUGAUCCCGAUCGUUGCCACGGCCGCUACCACCAUGUCGCGCGCCCUUCUCGGCGCGCUCUUACCGCUUGCCGGAGACGCAAUGUACGAGAAGCUUGGAAUUGGAUGGGGAACGUCAGUCUUGGGCUUUAUCGCCGUCGCUUUCUUGCCGGUGCCGAUCAUCUUUUUGAAAUACGGCCAGCGAUCUGUCCUUCGGGACAUGGUCACGGGUAUCUACGCGAGUGUGCAUGGAGGGCCCGAGGCCCCUCAAGGGCACAUUGUCCUAUUCCUCAGCAUUUUGGCCAGCACCAUGCACUUUGGACCUGGAACAGACCAGUGGAGCAGGACCCUCGCUUUGGCGAGAGAGACUGGAGAGAGGUCAUCUCUUUGGCUGCAGGCCGCGCAAGACAUGGUCGAGAUCUGCCACAAGAACGCGUGCCUUUCGCUGGAGAUGGUACAGGGAAUGAUCAUCAUGAGCUUCGUGAUUGGAAACACGAGCAGUUUCUCCUACAGGUUCCGGUCCCUGCAUAAUCAAGCGUUGAUGAUAGGUAGAGAGCUCGGUCUUCACCUCAUCGACCACCCCAGCCGAGCAGGAAAGACAGAUCCAUCUCACGCCGAGCUCGGCCGACGAGCCUGGUGGUAUCUCAUAGCAACAAACUGGCUUAUGCCGGGCCGAUAUAACGAGCCAAACGAGGCAACGUACCAGAUGAGCCCGAGCUUAGUGGUGGUCAAAAAGCCCCUUCACAUCGAUGAUGACAAUUUUGCGCCUCCUUUCAUAGAGAGACCUCUGGGGCAGCCUACCGUUAUGUCUUAUUUCCUCCAGCGGGUGCGGCUAGCAGAAAUUUCGAAGCGUCUGCUAGAUCGAUUAUCAGUCGGCACCGCCACGGGCACCCAUCAGUACGAGGCGAUUUAUGCGGCCGAUCGGGACCUUGUUGAGUUCAUUGGCAACCUCCCACCAUUUUUCCGUAUCUCUGGCGAACCGUACACUUCGGGCACGCCGCCCAAUAUCAUGAUCCAGGCCUAUUUUGUAAACGCCAUUUCCCAGACUCAGCGGUGUCGACUGCAUCUGUCCUAUCUACGGCACGGGGCCACCGACCCGCGAUACCAACAUUCUAGGGUAGCGUGUACCGAGGCAGCGCGUGCCGUGAUCCACGCAGAAAUGUUCUUUGAAACGCAAUGCUCUGCCUUCAACAAAACACGGUUAAACCUCAUGGAGGGCCUGUACGGCGUCUUCAUCGCGGGGAUCGCGCUCGCGAUGGACGUGCAUCAAAGCAGGACGGCCUCGGCUCGCAGGAUACGGUGCGCGGAUCUUGGCGAGGCCAUACGGAUGCUGGAAAGCGCGGCGUCCAGGUCGGAAUUGGCUUUGACGCUUUUGCGGUCGAUGAUGGAUAUCCUACGCCGAAACAAGAUGGCUGUGCCGGAAGCAGAGUUGCCGAAUGAUGAGGGCUCGCAUCACCAAGAGGCGCCUGAGUAUUUCGCUGGGGCGGACUCGAGCCAGAUGCGCCAACACGAAGGCAUUAUGGAGACGAAUGGAGAUUUUGAAACAGCUGCUUAUGCCCAACCUGCUAGCCCAUUCUCGGCCCUUCACAGCGCCAUUCCGGGCGCCGAUGACAUGGCUCUGGACGGAGAUCUAUCUGGGUGCAUGGCACUCGAUCUCGCUGCGUAUUUUGACGACGUCGCCCAUGGCUGGGAGGAGGGCGUUGGCUUGGAUGAGGAGAGCUGGAGUGCCAUGCUCGCAGAACUUGAUGGCUCGUUUUCUUAA